UUCCCUCCCUCGCGGCUCGUCGGGGCCAGAGCGGCGAGACCCUGGGCAAGGCGAGGCACGGAGCAGGCACAGGCCGGAGCCCCCAGCCGAGAGCCCGCGAAGCGCCGCUCGCCGCCAGGGGCAGAGCGCGCAACCGGUGGUGGCCGAAGCCCGCGGCGACAGACAGAGCCCUGCCCGCCUGCCCGCCAAGCUCACAGGCUUCCUCUCCCUCCUUCCCAGCAGGUGGCUCCGCCGCGUCGCGAUGGGCAGAGGGACCGUGCAGAUGCUGCUGCUCUUGGGGCUGCUCCACUGGGGCCCCGGCGGGGAGGGCAGGAAAAGCUGGAGGCGGCGUGGCCAGCAGCAGCAGCAACCGCCGGCGGCGGCACCCCGCGAGCGGAGCGAGGCGGCUGGGCAACCGGUGGAAAGCUUCCCAUUGGACUUUACCGCCGUCGAGGGCAACAUGGACAGUUUCAUGGCUCAGAUCAAAAGUCUGGCGCAGUCGCUGUACCCUUGCUCGGCGCAAAAUCUGCACCAGGAGCUGAGGCUCCACUUGCUGCUCAACAGUUCGGUCACUUGUAACGACGGCAGCCCUGCCGGCUACUACCUCAAAGAAUCGAAAGGCAGUAGAAGGUGGCUGCUAUUCCUGGAAGGAGGCUGGUACUGCUUCAACAGAGAGAACUGCAACACUCGCUAUGAAACAAUGAGAAAACUUAUGAGCUCCAAGGAAUGGCCCGUGACCAAAACUGGAACUGGCAUUCUGUCAUCGCAACCAGAAGAAAAUCCACACUGGUGGAACGCAAAUAUGGUUUUCAUCCCAUAUUGCUCAAGUGAUGUCUGGUGUGGAGCCUCUGCCAAGACUGAGAAAAAUGAAUAUGCCUUCAUGGGAUCUCUCAUCAUACAAGAGGUUGUAAAGGAGUUGGUUGGAAAAGGCCUGGGAAAUGCCAAGGUGCUGUUGCUGGCAGGAAGCAGUGCUGGUGGAACGGGGGUACUCCUGAAUGUGGACCGUGUAGCAGAGCAACUGGAAGAGAUGGGGUAUCCUGGGAUUCAGGUCCGUGGCCUGGCAGACUCUGGCUGGUUCUUGGAUAAUAAACAAUAUCGCAGAACAGACUGCAUUGAUAGCAUAACCUGCGCCCCCACAGAAGCCAUCAGGAGAGGACUUAGAUAUUGGAAUGGAAUUAUUCCAGAACGUUGCAGAAUGCAGUUUAAAGAGGGCGAGGAAUGGAAUUGUUUCUUUGGCUAUAAAAUUUAUCCCACUCUCCGAUCUCCUGUUUUUGUGGUACAGUGGCUCUUUGAUGAAGCUCAACUCACCGUAGACAAUGUGCAUUUGACUGGCCAGCCAGUGCAAGAGGGACAGUGGCUUUAUAUCCAGAAUCUGGGCCGUGAGCUGAGGAACACACUCAAGGAUGUGACUGCCAGCUUUGCUCCAGCUUGUUUGUCGCAUGAGAUUAUCACACGCACUCAUUGGACAGACAUCCAAGUGAAAGGGACCUCUUUACCCCGUGCUUUGCACUGCUGGGACCGCAGCUUACAUGACAGCAACAAGAAUGGGAAAGCCCCACUGAAAGGCUGCCCUAUCCACUUGAUUGACAGCUGUCCAUGGCCACACUGUAACCCCUCGUGCCCUACCAUUCAGGACCAAUACACAGGGCAAGAGAUGAAUGUGAUCCAGUUUCUCAUGCACAUGGGUUUUGAUGUGCAGAAGAUGGCACAGCAGCAGGGCUUGGAACCAAGUAAACUUCUGGGGAUGCUGAGCAGUGGUAGCUAGGGGAGUUUUCCGUUAAGGAGGACUGAGUGACUGCCUAAAGGGAAGAAGCCUUUUCAUUCCUCUCUCAGACUUUCUGCCAGCCUUGCCCGCUUUCACUACACAAGCAGCUACAGAGACACAGAAGCAAACUCAUGCAUACACCCUCUGGUACAGUUCGUGUAUCAAGAUAAAAGGAACACAUCCUCACACCAUUUGAUUGAAACAUUGCCUCUGCUUCAGGGGACAUUCUCAGCUAAGCAGAACCUCUGUCCAUAUUAAUCCCCUAAUGGGUGCAACGACUGCAUAGAAAAUUCAGAAUCAAGAACCAUCUCCAGAACCAAAAGGACUUAAUACUUUUUUAACCCUUUUCAGGAACCUUUCACACUAUAAAUGGACAACAUGUGGUGGGGGGGGAAGCACUGGAUUAUUUAUCCAAUUAGAAGUGAAGUUAUGAUUACAUGACUUCCUGGAGGUCAGCAUCUCAUAAUGUAACAUAAUGUACAAACCAAGCACACCGGCUAGAAAUGGACUUUUCUUGUACUCCAUCUACUUUUGUAUUAUUUUAUAAAAUGAUUUUUAUUACAAUUUUUGAAGAAAUAAGCAAGAAAUAUAAGAUUAAUGAUACUGUUUUGUAACAUUUUAAAAAAUAAUGACAAACCACCUUGUGCUACUUUGGCAAUGUGAAAAUAUUUAUUUUAUUAUGUAAAUGCUAUUUAUAAGGGCUGACCCUAAGACAUGCUCAUAUGAUAUUGUAAAGUUGUAAAUACUUCUCCUUUGGAAAGGUUUUCCUUCUGAUCAUGUAUGUUUGGGAGAGGGCAAGGGUCAGCAGUGGCAUUAUUAUAAUUAUUA